CUGUGUGAUCUGAGGAAGUCAGAAAGCAAGACUUGUCUCUGGAACUACCGCAAUUAGCACUUUAGAUUCAAGGGUCAAGCGCACAGGCUGGAAUUAAAAAAUAUAAUACGAUCGUAAGAUAUUCUUAAGGAAAGAAAAAAUAAGACCAUGCUUCAAAGGGCGGCUUCAAAUGUCUCAGAUAAACCUAAACACCUCAAACCAAAGAGAUCCACCAGUUUCGGAAAGUUUGACGGCUUCAGACAUCCAAACUCAUCUGCCAGGCUUGAGGAAGAUGGAACAACUCUGCAGGCUGAGGGUGAGUCAGGAGUGGAGAGGAAAGACAAGCAACACGGUUUGGGAAAAAAGAUGAAGGCCAUUGCAAUGACGAUGAGGCUAGGCAAGAAGCAUGUCAAGUCCUGUUCUGAGGACACGGUUGACGACAGAUACAGGGACACGGAAGGAGGAACAGAAAGCAGCUCUCAGUUAGGAAAAGCUACAAACCACUCAAAUAACUUGCUAGAAAGUGUCUCCAGUGGACAGAACUCUUCCAGUGCCAAGAGAAACAGCUUGGACGCGUCUUGUAACGAAGAGAGCCUGACGCUGGAGGAGGACGUGUCCUACACAGGGCCGUUUUGUGGACAAGCCCGAGUACACACAGACUUCGUCCCCAGUCCUUACGACACGGACUCGCUCAAGCUCAAGGUCGGCGAUAUGAUCAAUAUCAUAAGCAAACCCCCGAUGGGGAUAUGGACGGGCAUGCUGAACAAUAAAGUAGGAAAUUUCAAGUUUAUCUACGUGCAUGUGCUGCUUAAGAAAGAAGAUGAAGAAGAAGAUAAAGAGGAGAAAGCGGAGGAAGAGGAGAAGGCUCUUAUGGUCACGCCUCAGCGAUUGUCCAAAAAACCUCAACCCAACACACUGCUGGAAUUACUGGAGAGUUUGAAAUUAGAGGAAUACGCCUCCGCUUUGCUCCUGAACGGCUACCAGACGGUGGACGACCUGAAGCACUUGAAAGAGAAACAUCUGAUUGAGCUGAACAUCACUGAUCCUGAGCACAGACGCAAACUUCUCGCUGUUCCACAGGAAUUUUACGGCAUGGACCGGGACGAGCUGGACAAUAUGACGUGCGAGGAGGACGACGAGGAGGCCAGCGACUGUCCUCGAGACUCAGGCUGUUUCAUCCCAAAGGAGUGUGCAGACACGAGCAGAGAGGACGCCGAUAUUCACUAACGCCUCUUCUCUGAAAUGACCUAUGACGCUUUAUGACCACUCAUAAAUUCAUGUCUUUACAUAAUGUUUGUCUUUGGGAUUGUAGCAACAUGUCUAUGUUAAAAUAUCCACUGAUUUAUGUAUUUAUACUUGACAUUUCUUUACUCGUUUCUUUUCUGUAGUUCAACGCGUGUUAAUAUAAACAUUACUGUAUAAACUGUAUAUAUUUAUAUAUAAAUAUAUAGACAUAUUCUUGCUUUUUUUCAUGCAUUAGUAAAUAAAUUAUAAAAUAGUUAAGAAA